UUCUUCAUGCCUCCAUCUUCCUCCUCUGGUCCUCCAUUUCCAAAACACUCCAGAGGGAACAAGAAGGCUGUACCCACUCUAGGAAGCUGUACGGAUUUUGCCAAAUAAGAACACCUGUGCCGAAGUUAUUUGUCACACUUUGGGAAGCUUUCUGCCACCCCAUGGAGGAAGCAUGUAGAUACGAUAUCUACAACCCAGAUCAGGCUCUGUUCCUGGAAAGCUGAGCGCCUGGGUGCAGAGUGAUGGAUUCCAGUGCAGCUGUGUUCUCCACCCAGGGGAACCCCUUCUUGGAGGCGUCCCAUUUCCAGAGCCAUUACUACCCUUCACGGGCACAGCCGUUGAGCCGGAGAGAGCAGUCCAUGGCUCUGAGCCCAUCCCGUUUGCAACAGAGAAAUUGCUCCGCCUCCCCCAAGGAGGCUGAACCUCCGAGCCUCCCACUUCUGAGUUUCCUGCCUGACUCCAGCUGCCAGGGGGCGAAACCUCCUGACUCAGACUCCACAAGCCCCUACAACGAGUCGUGGCCAUCAACCGAGCGCAGCUCAUCCUCCCUGACCCCGGAGGGACCAAAGGCUCUUCUCCCGGAGCAAACAUCGGGGACCAAGGCACUGGCCUCUCCAGAGCUCCGGGGCUCCAAAACUUCUUUUUCAGAUAGUGAAUCAGUUAUUGCCAGGUAUAUCGAGCGGUUCCGUUAUGGGCAGCCCACUAACCGUAGAGAGCGCUGGACACCCGGCAGCAAGUCGCCCCCCUUUUGGUGGCUUGGCCAUUCCUCUCCCUCUGAAGGUGACAACUCCAAGACAGAGACAUCCACAUCUUCGAGCGCCAGCAGAAAGGACGUAGACACAGCAAAUGCCUUCACUGGCCCAGACUCAGGCCGGCAUGGAGGAAGGCCGUCUUCUUUCAGUCCCGUGCUGGACCAUUCUCCUUCAGGAGAAUCCCAAGACUCUUCCACACUGGAUCCUGACACUGUUAGCCUGCAAGAGAGAGCAGCCCGGCUCCUGCACAGAAGCAUGUCCCCUUUGAGCAGCUACAGACACGUAAGCUACGAUGGACUCGGCUCCACUCCCACAUCUACCCUCACAAAUGCUGAUGCAGAUCCAAUUGGGCAGGCCCCGAAGCCUCUGGUGGGGCACCAAUGUAAAGAGGAUGACAUCCUGUUCCAGUGGCGCCUGCGUCGGAAGAUGGAGGAGGCCAGCAAAGUUGCUGCUGUGCUGCCCUCUGUAGGCUGGAGGAGUCAAUGCACUGAGCCUGCCUAUCCUCCUAGCAUGAUGGGCGGAGCAGCUCUGAUGUCACCGGAGCCCACCAGCUGGAGGAGUAAAGACAGAACCACGUUGCCAACAUCUGAGGCCCAGCCAAGACCGACUCUGGACGAGCAUCCCUGCUGCUGCAGAGACCGUUUGAGAAGUGGACCAUCCCCCCAGCCGCCCACUGAAGGAGCCUCAUUCAGCAAUCGAAAUGUGAUGCUUGGACGUUCUGAGCCAAACCAAGAACAAGGUGUGAAGGAACUGAUCCCGAGAGAGGAUCCUGUCCCUGUGUGCAGGGAUUUUCUUCCCCUGCCAAAGCCUGCGGGGGCCACGAAACCUUUGGACCCGAGCCCACCAGACCAUUCCCAAAGGACAGCCUGGCCUGUACAGAAGGUGUGCUCUGAACCCAGAGGAAAGCAGAGGCCAUCCAGGUCUGAGCAGGGCAGGCCAAAAGCACCCAGAGACUCUGCAAAGCCGUCCGUCAGUCCCAGGAAACAUGUUCAGCGUGUCUUGGGAGAGGUGGUGGCCGAAAGGCUGUUCUCCUCACCCGAAUCUCCAGCUCCCCAGAGGGGUAAAUUGAAGAAGAGCUCCAAGAAACAGGGCCCGAAAGAGUCUCCGCCACACGCUGUCUCCACUCCGUCCUAUCCUGAGCUCCUGAACAUGGCUGCUCAGCUCCUGGAGCAGGCUGAAGACUCGGAUGGCACAGAAUUCGAGGAGGAUCCGCUGCUGCAGGUGCUGAGGAGCCAGAGGGGCCUGUUGUGCAGCCAGCUGAGGGCUGUGGAUGCUCGGAUGGCUCAGCUAGAAGGUCACCAUGCCAAUCAGGACCUCUCCCAUCCGUGACUGACUCCUGUAUGGUCUUCUCUGCCUCUCCAAUAUGUUUUGAGCAUCCCUUUCUCCGGAGAGGGUGCACAAGGCCUGGGGCAAAGGGCUAAGUACCAUGACUGCUUGCACUUUUUGGGUUCACUUAAUGCACUCUGCACCUAGCAACUUUGGUGUGCAUUCACAGAAGCCACAGCGAACGGAGAGAGAAACCAGGUUCUGCUAUGUAGUGAUGUCCGUAGCACAUAAA